GUUGAUGAAAAUAAAUAUAACUAUAACUUUAUUAAUGCAAAGUGAAAUCAUUGGAAGCAUACACGGCACGAGAUAAUCGAAGUCAUUCGUGACUUACAUAUCAGGCAGGUCGUCCUUGUUCAUUCUUUGACGAUUUUAUCUACAGUGUGCUUCGCAAUAUGGACGUGAACAAAGACACUUCUUUCAAAACUUUGGGGGAUAUGUUUUACCAUUGCCUCCACAGAGAUAAAAUUUUCCAGUAUUUGGAUGAUAUAAAUGAAACGACAACCUAUUCAGAUGUGUUACAAUGGAGUAUUAGGACGGCCAUCAAACUAAAAAAAAUGGGAAUUUCACGAAAAGAUAUAGUUAGUUCGUGUACGCACAAUCAAAAAUACACUCCAGUACCUUUCAUCGCCACUCAAUUUCUAGGAGCAAUAUGCAACAGCUUUGAUCCAAACUUAUCCCACUUAGAUACCAUUCAUCUACUCAAACUCAUUGAACCAAAAAUCCUGUUUGUCGCUGAAGAAUCUUUAGCUUUUAUGGAAAGUUGUUUGGAAAAAGCUGGUGUGAAGACAGAAAUUGUUGUUUUUGGACCAAGCAAAAAAUAUAGACAAUUUUCGGAGUUUAUUGAACCUAGCGAAGAAGAAAGCUCCUUCCAAAUCGAAAAGGUACAAAAUGAUUCUGAUACGGCAGUAAUAUUUUUCAGUAGUGGAACUACUGGUCUACCCAAAGGAAUAUGCUUAAAUCACAAAACUCUGAUCAAAGCAUCCGGAACAGUUGGAGUAUUAGGUAACGCUGAAGAUAAGAAUACUGUGAUUAUGACGUAUACCACUCUGUAUUGGAUCAGUGCAGUAUUUUCUUUACUCAGAUCUGUAAGGUUUGGCUAUUCUUGUGUUAUAAGAGUCAAAUUUGAUCCGGAAUAUACAUGGAGAUUAAUUGACAAAUACAAGAUAUCUACAAUGUUUUUAGCGCCAUAUCAUGCUAUAGAUUUUGUCAAACAUAAGCCUGCCGAUGUUGAUGCAAGUAGUCUAGAUAGUUUUCUAGUGGGAAGUUGUGCUGUCCCUUUGAAAUUAAUGACAUCACUUUUCGAAAUAUUACCCCACGCGAAAAUUGUCCAGGGUUAUGGUCAAACUGAAGCUGGAUCUUUGAUUACCAUGUUCAAUGUUACUUCACCUGAAGAAUAUGCUUUGCAGCUCAAGAAGCCCCUAUCCUGUGGGAAAAUGUUAAAAGGUUUUCAGUGGAAAAUUGUUGAUACCGAAACGGAGAAAGUUCUUGGACCAAAUCAAAGAGGAGAGUUGAGAGUUAAAUUUGAUGGUUAUCUGAUGAACGGCUACUACAAAAUGGACUCUUCUUCAGCUUUCGAUUCAGAAGGAUACUUAAAGACCGGCGAUAUAAUGUACUAUGAUGAUGACGAAUGCUUUUACGUUGUUGGUAGAAUCAAAGAAAUAUUUAAAUACAGAGGAUGGCAUAUUCUACCUAAUCUCAUAGAAGAUAUAAUACUAUCUCAUCCUGCUGUUAAAGAAGCAGCUGUAAUUGGAGUACCCCAUGAAAUUGAUGGAGAGCAUGCUAUGGCGGUGGUUGUACUAUUUGAUGAAUACGAUAAGAAAUGUAAGAAGGAAAUCGAAGACUUUGUAAAUGAAAAAGUUGCUGAUAGCCAAAAGUUGCGAGCGGGCGUUAAAAUAGUAGAUUAUAUUCCAAAAACCACGACUAAUAAAAUUAGACGUAAUGAUCUGCGGAAGAUGAUAGGAGCAAUCAAAAAUAGCAUGUGAGGAAAUAUGUGCUAUUAAAAAUUUUGGAACCGAAAAUAAUUAAUUUUGGCUCCUAUCUGAGACAUUUAGAAAAUGAAGUAUACAUAUACAUUGCUAAAUAUGACAUGAGUACAUUCCACUUAAUGCCUUCAAUGGAUGAAACUGACUUUUUAUCUUUUCACCUAAGAACCAGGAUUGCUUUUAGUCAUUAAUGACAUAACUGCUCUCGAAGCACCAAGUUCGCCGUUAAAAUAUUAGUGUUUAAAGCAAGCAUGCUGAAUUUACUGUCAACCCAGCCCAUUCGAAGUAUUCUUCUCAAGCUACACGUUACCAUCAAGCCGCCAACAUGGCAUGAAAGCUCGGCUAUAUUGUGGUGGUGCACCCUAAGUUUCUAUUUCAUUUAUGUAUAGAAAAUAAAUUUAUUCGAAAACUUGUUUGUUAUUCAAAUAAUUAUCUUAUUUUGAAAAUAAUACUCUAAAAAUAUGAAACCUUUUAAUUUAAUGUUUGUCUCUCAAGCCAAUAUGGCGACCGGGUGUAAUGUCAUUCCGAAUUGAUAAAUAAUUUCUGUCUACAACACUUAUAGAGGGAGAAAGAUGAAGAUAUGUAUAUCAAAAGUGUAUCGCCACAUCAGCAUCAUGGUAAAUUUUAAAAGAAACUCCGUCUACAACUUUUUCCACUUUUCUACAACGGAAGUUGUUGAAAUUCUCAAUAAUGAACUAUAAUAUCACAUUUUCUAGCUCUACAUACUUCAAUUUUCAUCUACAAUUACUACAUUUAUACAAUACCCUUUGUCUACACCAGAGAUAUUCUUCCUUUUCUCUACCCUCCAUAACUACGGCCUUUUUUGGUCGCAGACAUGAGCAUUGCAGGCUUUAAGUGGAACGUACUCAUUAUUUCUGGUAUAUCAUGAAGAUGGCACUGCUAUUAUUCACCUCAAUAGAAAUACAAUUAUUAUAAACGCUACUUUAUAUCCAUUUGGUAAAUCAUUUCUCAGAUCUGGAAAAAUGGAAUGGAAAAAAAAUUCAAGUUUUUUAUGACCAAUUGUGUUUAAAUAUUUUGAACAAUAAAAAAUACUACAUUAUAAUCCAAUAA